CCAGGAGAGUCACAGCACGGCACAGGCGUAGUGGGUAGUGCACUGAUUUCCAGGACCCUGUUAUGAACAAGGUGCUAAGACAUGACACUCACAGAACUGACCUCUGUCUGAGAAUUGGAGUGCUCCUGGUCCCAGAAGCCCUGCCUUUGGUUGUGAACUCCUGGCUUGAAUAAGCCUUCAUUGUAGCCAACAGCUGUACAGACUACUUCCCUUCAUGAUGGGCAUUGGUAAGAACACGACAUCUAAAUCAAUGGAGGCUGGGAGCCCCACAGAAGGCAAAUACGAAGAUGAAGAGAAAAACCCCAGCUUCUUCACUCUUCCGGUGGUGAUCAAUGGUGGGGCCACUUCCAGCACUGAGCAGGACAAUGAAGACACCGAGCUCAUGGCAAUCUAUACAACGGAGAACGGCAUUGCAGAGAAGAGUUCUCUUGCAGAGACCCUGGAUAGCACUGGGAGUCUGGACCCCCAGAGAUCGGAUAUGAUUUACACUAUAGAAGAUGUCCCUCCCUGGUACUUGUGCAUUUUCCUGGGGUUGCAGCACUACCUGACUUGCUUUAGUGGCACAAUUGCGGUGCCCUUUCUCCUGGCUGAUGCUAUGUGUGUGGGGUAUGACCAGUGGGCCACCAGCCAGCUCAUCGGGACCAUCUUCUUCUGUGUGGGAAUUACAACAUUGCUGCAGACAACAUUUGGAUGCAGGUUACCCCUGUUUCAGGCCAGUGCUUUUGCAUUUUUGGCCCCUGCUCGAGCCAUCCUGUCUUUAGAUAAAUGGAAAUGUAACACCACAGAUCUUUCAGUUGGCAAUGCAACGGCAGAACUGCUGCACACAGAGCACAUCUGGUAUCCCCGGAUCCGAGAGAUCCAGGGGGCUAUCAUCAUGUCUUCAUUGAUAGAAGUGGUCAUUGGCUUGCUCGGCCUGCCUGGGGCUCUGCUGAGGUACAUCGGGCCCCUGACCAUCACACCUACUGUGGCCCUCAUUGGCCUCUCUGGUUUCCAGGCAGCAGGAGAGAGAGCAGGGAAGCACUGGGGCAUCGCCAUGCUGACGAUUUUCCUAGUGCUACUAUUUUCCCAAUAUGCCAGAAAUGUUAAAUUUCCUCUCCCAAUAUACAAAUCCAAGAAAGGGUGGACUGCAUACAAGUUACAGCUUUUCAAAAUGUUUCCCAUAAUCCUGGCCAUCCUUGUGUCCUGGCUGCUGUGCUUCAUCUUCACCGUGACUGAUGUCUUCCCUCCUGACAGCACCAAAUACGGCUUCUAUGCACGUACAGAUGCCAGGCAGGGUGUGCUUCUGGUAGCCCCGUGGUUUAAGGUCCCAUACCCAUUUCAGUGGGGGCUGCCCACCGUUUCUGCAGCUGGAGUCAUCGGGAUGCUCAGUGCUGUCGUAGCCAGUAUCAUCGAGUCCAUCGGUGACUACUAUGCCUGUGCCAGACUCUCCUGUGCCCCACCGCCUCCCAUCCAUGCAAUAAACAGGGGGAUUUUUGUGGAGGGUCUUUCCUGUGUUCUGGAUGGCAUAUUUGGUACCGGGAAUGGCUCUACUUCUUCCAGUCCAAACAUUGGAGUUUUGGGAAUUACAAAGGUCGGCAGCCGCCGAGUGAUCCAGUAUGGUGCGGCGCUCAUGCUGGGCCUGGGCAUGGUUGGCAAGUUCAGUGCCCUCUUUGCAUCCCUCCCAGACCCUGUGCUUGGAGCCCUCUUCUGCACUCUCUUUGGAAUGAUCACAGCUGUUGGCCUCUCCAACCUGCAGUUUAUUGACUUGAAUUCUUCCCGGAACCUAUUCGUGCUUGGAUUUUCAAUCUUCUUCGGGCUUGUUCUUCCAAGUUACCUCAGACAGAACCCUCUAGUCACAGGUAUAUCAGGAAUCGAUCAAGUACUGAACGUCCUUCUCACAACUGCUAUGUUUGUAGGAGGCUGUGUAGCUUUUAUUUUAGACAACACCAUCCCAGGUACUCCAGAGGAAAGAGGAAUCAGAAAAUGGAAGAAGGGUGUGAGCAAAGGGAGCAAGUCCCUUGACGGCAUGGAAUCCUACAAUUUGCCAUUUGGCAUGAACAUUAUUAAAAAAUACAGAUGCUUCAGCUACCUACCCAUCAGCCCAACCUUUGUGGGCUAUACAUGGAAAGGCUUUGGGAAGAAUGAGAGCAGCCGGAGUUCAGAUGAGGACUCUCAGCCCACAGUAUAGCCUUUGUUGUGCCCUGUGGCCUGGCCGCAGUGAGGCAUGUAUCUGUAGUUCCUUGCUGAGUAACAAGAGGAAGAUAAAUGUUUGUAUAUCCACUUU